UUCUGUGUUACCGUAGACGCUUCGCUAGAAACGGCCCUCUUUUAAAGUUCCUAGGGGAAGAGUAGAGCGACCCGGACGAACCAGGGGAAAAGGGGCCAAGAUUAAACUCAGAGGAUAAAUAUUUACAUCAUUUUCAUCCCAGGGGGAUUGGUGUUAAAUCGAAGACAAGGUGCUACACAGAAAACCAAGGUCUUGACUGCCCGAGAACGUCAGAAAAUAAAGAAAAUGGCGGAGCCGGACAAAUUAAACAUCGACUCUAUAAUUCAGCGUCUCUUGGAAGUCAAGGGCUCUCGGCCAGGGAAGAAUGUCCAGCUGACAGAGAACGAGAUCCGUGGCCUUUGCCUCAAGUCCCGUGAAAUCUUCCUGAGCCAGCCAAUCCUGCUCGAACUAGAGGCUCCCCUAAAAAUCUGUGGUGAUGUCCACGGUCAGUACUAUGAUCUGCUCCGGCUUUUUGAAUAUGGAGGCUUCCCCCCAGAAAGCAAUUACCUGUUCCUGGGCGACUAUGUAGACAGAGGGAAGCAGUCACUGGAGACUAUCUGCCUGCUUCUAGCCUACAAGAUCAAAUACCCAGAGAACUUUUUCCUGCUGCGUGGCAACCAUGAAUGCGCCUCUAUUAAUCGAAUCUACGGCUUUUAUGAUGAGUGUAAGCGACGGUAUAACAUUAAGCUGUGGAAAACCUUCACAGACUGCUUCAAUUGUUUACCUGUGGCCGCCAUUGUAGACGAGAAAAUCUUCUGCUGUCACGGAGGUCUGUCUCCUGAUCUUCAGUCGAUGGAGCAAAUCCGCAGAGUAAUGCGACCCACAGACGUGCCUGACCAGGGUUUGUUGUGCGACCUGCUGUGGGCCGAUCCAGACAAAGACGUGCUGGGCUGGGGGGAAAACGACCGCGGUGUCUCCUUCACAUUCGGGGCAGAUGUGGUGGCCAAAUUUUUGCACAAACAUGACAUGGACCUAAUAUGCAGGGCACAUCAGGUGGUAGAAGACGGUUAUGAAUUUUUCGCAAAGAGGCAACUUGUCACUCUAUUCUCGGCUCCCAACUACUGUGGAGAGUUUGACAAUGCUGGUGCCAUGAUGAGUGUGGAUGAGACACUCAUGUGCUCCUUCCAGAUUCUGAAGCCAGCAGAUAAAAAAUUGUAUCCUUACGGUGGAGGGGGAGGAAUGGGAUCUGGGAGACCGGUCACCCCGCCACGAAAUUCAGCCAAGGCCGCCAAGUCCAAGAAAUAACACCCGCUGGGUCCCCCUCCCACGACCUGCCACCCCCUGUCGGCCCAACGCUCUUUUUUUCCUCUACCUCCCAAACUUGUUUCUCCCUCGUCACCAAACGGCAACAAAGAAAACAAGUGUCCAGGGUUCAAUCAUGUUUUUUCUCUCUAAAACUAUUUCUAACUGUUUGUUUGGCUAUAUGCUUGCAAUUUUUUGUGUGUGAAUGUGUGUAAAAAAGUGAGAAUGACACAGAGGGAGUUACUGUAUUCUGUAUGUAUGUUUUUUUGUUUUGUUCUUCCUCUUGUUCCCACUGUUCUGUUUUCUGUCAUUUUGUAGAGAUGGGUGCUGCCCAUCCAUUAUGUAAAAUCCAACCUAGCUGCAGGGUAGGAGGGGAUGGGGGAGAGAGAGGAGCCUUAGCUGUUUAUGUUAAGGCCCUGCACUGUUUAAUGCUAAACACAAGCUUUUGUACAUCCAGUUUCAGAGGUCCGUGUAUGUCUGUGUGACGGGGUGGAGUGGGGUUUGGGAUCAAGUUGCACGUUCAAAUGGUAACGGCACAUACCACACACUGGGUGCACAGGUGGAUAAAUGUGCAGGUGAAUCCAUGAAUUAAAAGAAUUCACCAUAAAAAACAAACUUUUUUUUCUCUUCCAUUUUGAAAACCAAUGAUUUAAGAUCACAGUCAUGGAUGUGAAAUAGUUUUGCUUCUUUUUUUUCUUCUUCUUCUUGUAGAUACAUGAAACCGACAUGUUUUUUUUUUCUUUUUACUUGUUUUUAGUUCACUGAAAGUUGAAGGUGAAUAAAAAUAACCAUUUAUUUGAAGUAAGCCAUCAUAUGGAUCAGUUUGUGUUUGGCAUUGUUUUGUCAUAUUUCUCAGCGACCUUUGCCACACCCAGCGGCUGCUCAUGUCUUUGAGUGUGACGUCUUGAUUUGAUGACACAGCGGCUUGUCUUGCGAAUGAGACUACAAAGUGGGGGGGGGGAAACCUGCGAUGUGUGAUUUUUGACCCAGUUCAAAGAAGAGGGGAAUUUUACAUCUUGCUUCAGUGUGAUUUAGCCAAAGAUGAUGUUUAGUGGAAAUUCAUUGACUAGUAGAGGACAGCACAAACCUGGUUUCAGAAGCAGCUGGGUUUUUGACAAGUAAUCUCCUAAAUGCCUAAAUAUAUAUAUUUUUUCAAAAGAUUGUUGGCUUUACAAGCAUUGAUGACAGUUUAGCAAGAAGACUGACAGGAACAGGGAGGCUGUGACUCUGCCACUGGGCUUCUGUUGUCUUUUGUCUCAAUUAUUCUCAAGAUUCCGACUGAGGAGAAAGUGGCCGCGUGAUUUUCUGUAUAUUCUGCUGUGAUCAAAGCAAACGUUAUCAAAGGGAGCUGAGAUGGUGACUCAUUGGUCCAACCUUUCAGUUCGAAGUGCUCUGGUUAAGACCACUUCACUUGAGUCCAUGAUGAAAACAAAGAGUGGGCUUAUUUAAAUGUAAAACCCACACUGAAUGAGUGAUGCAUGCAAGAUAAAACUGGGAACAUGGGAACUAAGGACUGGUGUGUGGAAAGAGAACCCAAAUAAACCCCCUUUUUUGACAUAAUAGUAUAAGGACAAUCUGAGCACAAAAUCUCUCACAUUCAGAAAAAAACAAAUACAAGAUAAUCAUGUACAGCAGAUUCCCUGUGGAUCUAGUUUCAAGUUUAGGUUACAACAUCAAGUAAGUCCCAGGUGAACCGCUAGUGCUCUAUAGCAAUUCAGUAAAUACUUCUCUAUGCUUCUUAGAUUAUGCUAUGUAAAAUAUAUUGGCAAGAAUGUGGAGGCACUUGCAUUGCUUGUGAUUGUAAUUGUUAUUCUCAGUUUGCUGUAAGUAUGUCCUAAUUUUUUUUUUUUUAGCAGUUUGCUGUUGAAAAAAAAUUAGGUUAUUCAAGUGUGACCCCAUGGGCACGGUUGACUGAAUUGAGAUUCUAAAAAUGUUUAAUUUUUGCUUGUUUCUACAGAUUUUUUUUUAAACAAAUAAGAAUAGAUUUUACCACUUACUGUCACAAAUGGUCUGUUUGUUUGACUGUGCGUUAAGUUCAUGUGGCAUACAGGGUGUUCCCAGUGAAAGCAGGCCGUAGUUCAGCACAGGCUGUUGCAACUGGUGAAGAAAUCUUUGUGCAGUGUUUCAGGGUAUCUCACUGCCCAUUUCUAAUAACCUAAACAAUCUUUUAGCCCUAUUUACGUAAUUGGUGUGUCUGGUUUUAUUUGUCUGCUGCGUGUCCUCAUUCUUCAGCCCUCUGUCCAAGUAUGAACACAUGCAACCGCAGCCCUCCAGAUUGUAAAGGCAGUGCAUAAGCACGUACUUAAGCAGAGGGCGGGGAAGCUGGACUUCAGCCGUCAUCCUGCCACAUCUUUGCUCAUUCCAUUUUCUCAGCCAGAGGUUUUCUACUCGGUACCUCAGUCAAUAAAGUUUUUUUUCCUAUAACAUCAGUGUAGAUAAGGUUCAUUCAGCAUCUUGUGUGGCUUUCUGACAAUGUGGAUAAUAUGUAGAAGAGGGCUGCUGGGAAAACAAACCAUUAGUCCUCAUUGUGUGCUCACAUUCCAUUUCACAUCAAGUAAGACCAACUCAGGAAGCGAAAUUUAAAUAAAUUGAAGUGCAAUGGUGUGAUUCAUAUACAUGUAUAAGCACCGUUGUUACAGGACACGUGCGAGUCAUUGUACUUGCAGUUUGUGUUCUCAUUUUUAAAGAGGCUGAAAUGAAAUGACUUCAGCCCAAACACAGCAUUCUGGUGAGUGCAUGGGGGAGAACUGUUCAGAGCGAUGUGUUGUUUAGAAUGUUAUUUCAUUUAAUUUCUUCAUGGCCCUCCUUCUUGUAAUAUGAUUUAAGAAGACAUUUGGAAACUUGUGGUAUUAAAGUGUAAUAGGGUAAUAAAAAGUUAAUAAGAGGUUUAAGAAUUAUGGUGUUGUGGAGACUGUCCCCAGUUCAGAGAGAUUGUCAACAAUCCAAAACAAUUAUGUGGCUCAUGUAAGAGAUAAUAUAGAGCUGAACCAAUAUGGAACUCGCAGAUCUUUGUCUCCUGAAUAAAUGGUCCACUUUCAUGCUCAUUUUCACAGCUGUACAAACCUCUGCUUCUAACAUUUUAAAAUUGCUACUCUAUAUUUACGGUUGUUACCUCUAAGACUCUGCCCUCUAAUCCUUUUUUUUUUCGUAUUGUUUUUACUGACAAAUUUAACCCUAGAUACUGCAAGCUUAUUAGUGUAGGAUUUUUUAAUCAAUCAGGGAUGUUUUGCACCAUGCACUGUCGCUGGGUAGAUAUAUAAUCAUUAGAUUAUUACAAUUAAGAUAAAGAAACGACGGAAAUUAACAGUAUUUUUUAUUUGUAUUUCAUUUGUUUUCAAGUCGAUCACAAAUUGUCUCUGUUACAAGGUAGAAAUAAAACUUAGAAUUUGUA